UAAAUUCUCUCUCUAGGGGAAGAAUGGAAUGUGGACUGUCCUGGGAAUCUAAGCUGGCUGAUUCUAUGGCAGUUGUUUCCGAUCCUGUCACAAAAGGCAGCAUCUUUGCUUGGAGAAUCGAGGGCCUCCAGCAGAGCGAGCCUUAGAGAGCCUCUAAACAUGCCCAAACAGCCCUGGAGAAGACGCGGGCCUCCUGUGAAGCUUCUUCUGCAUCCUUGGCUUAGACACAAACAGGAUGCAGCAGGCAGUUAUGAAGCAGAACGUAAGACUUUCCGCAGGCUGAUUGUCAAUAUUAUCCUGCUGAGCAGAGUAUGCCGAUGUUUCCGCAGUGGACUGAAAGGAUUCCAAGGAUUUCAACUGAUAGAAAAAGACAUCCGAGGGGAGUUUGAUGAAGAAAAGAAAGGUUCCCAAGUUGUGUUCGAGCGGCAUGAGUUCACAGUUUCAAAGGACCAUUUUCCUUUUAGAGCAAUCCAAAUUACCAAGAAGCCGCCAGCGUGGAGGACUGAUGCAGAAGUGAGGCAUUUACGAAAUCGCUUGCAGCAUUUGGAAAGCUUCCAGCAAUAUAGCCCAGCUCUGCAAAACCUUCUGGCCAAAGUAGUUCGUUUUGAACAGUUUGGCCGUCGGAGAGUGAUUAUCAAGAAGGGACAAUGGGCAGUCAGUUUCUACUUCAUCUAUUUUGGGACAGUGGCUGUCACUGAUGAUGAGGAUGGGAGCAGCGCCUUCGUAGAUUCAGCUCCAACUACAAUCGCAAGAGGUGCUUGUUUUGGUGAGGUUGCCCUUUUACAAAGAAUAAGGAGGAUGGCCACUGUUGUCUGCAUGGAGGAAACAGAACUGCUGGUGGUGGACAGAAAGGAUUUUUUCAAGUAUAAGUUAGACAAGGAACUUCAACGAGAAUUAAAAAGCCGAUAUGAGUUUCUGAGAACAGUGGAUCUUCUUGAAACAUUGCCUGAUUCUUCAGUAGAGACUAUAGCUAACAUCUGCAAAGCUGAGAGGUUCCACUAUGGACAAGUGAUCGCCAAUGAUAUUUCUGAUCCAUCCAACAUUAUAUUUAUUGCAAAAGGUAUUUGUGAAGUUUUGCGACUGGUUGACCUCAGCACUUGCCCAUCAUAUCACAAGUGGCUCUCUAAACAACUGUGUUUUCCCAACCGCAAACUACAGACAAGGGAAAAGCGUCGUUUGGCUGCUGAGAUUGCAUGUGUGGACAGAUUCAAAAGUACCAUGUGGAACUCCUACUCGGGACAGAAGCUGAAUGAUCUGAAAGAAUAUUAUGUCCGUAAAGCCUAUGAUAGUUUUGCAAGGGAAAGCUCUGACUUCACCAAGAGUCGUAAAAGUGUAGUGAUAGCUGUGGAUACCUGUGAGAGGAGUCCCUCCAGUGAGCAGCAACAGCAGCAGCAGCAACAGGAGGAUGAUGAAGAGGUUGUCCAAAAAGUUGUAUCAGGAAGAGCAUUUGAAAAGAAAUUAACUUACUCUACUUCCUAUGGAGAGAUGCCAUCUUCUGUUUCAGCAGCUGUAUAUAUCCGAGUGGAUGAACUGCGCAAAGGGGAAUAUAUAACAAAUCUACAAGAUAACCGCAGUAUGAUUUUGGUUAGUCAAGGGGCUGAGAUAAUCCGUAUGAAAAAAGAGAAGAUUGAGGAAUUUUCUGAUGAUGCCACACUCACAAAAUUGAACAACUUGAAGAUUAAAUAUCCAAGCGAUGACGAGCUAUGUCAAGUCUUCCUCCGGCAGAACUCUUGGGAAAUGUUCAAGAAAGAUCUGCUGAACCUUGUGAUUCAGCCCAAGCUCUCAAAGAUGGUACAUCCUCCCCAUCCGUGCCCCACAGAGGAAAUCUACAGCACUUGGUGCAUGAAUCAAGCAGGUAUCUUAGACCUCUCUGCCUUGCGCCAGAAAAAGGAGCCUCCACCGGAGAUGUGCAGAUAUGUCCCUGUCUAUAUGGGCCAUGCAAAAGAGACCUUACCACUGAUUCAGCCAAAACUGAUUCAUGGCAUCAACGUAUUGCGUUCGAAUUUGGAUGGAGCAUUUUAGUGAGUUCCCUGGUUCAGAAGAACCAGAUCAACAGGAUAGGGAGAAUUCUGAAAGGGAAUAGGUGCAGACAUGUAACGUCAACAAACUACUUUUUAAAUACUGAAGUAAGAGAAAGUAACUUUGCAAGCUCUGCAUAUGAGAAUCAGCUCACUUGUGCUAGGACCUUGUUUCUCAAUCCUUUUUGAGUCGCAACCCCCUUUUAAAAUAGCCAAGUAACCCGGGACCUCCCUCAUUAUAUUUGAAUUAAAAGGCAUUUUUAAAGGGGUUAAAAAUACCCAUA